GCUGCAUAUGAAAAAAAAAAAGUCAUACAGAAUGUGGAAUAGUACAGAAAAAUAAUUAGAUUUCUCUCACAAACGUGUAACUGAAGAGAUGAGGUGGAGGCACAAUGAUGACAUUGAUUUUCUGUGUGGGAGUUUUGCUUUGGCACUUUCUCUUGGAAUUGUGUUGUUUCUUUUUUCUUUUGUUUUCUCUGUAUUAAUAAAAAAGCCACUUUGUUAUUUGGUUGAUCCCUCAUGUUUCUGUGUGUAGGUGGGUGGAAAUGGGAAAUUGGGGGAGUUUUGUGUUUGGAAAUAUGCAGGAUUUUUUUUCUAAUUUAACAGAACUGAUGUUAUAUGUGUGACGUUGUGAAAAAACACAUAUGGUGAAUAAUUAACAGCUGAUUUCAGUAUUUUAAUCUCAGUAUAUUGUGAUUUGACUUUGAGCCAGUAGGAGAAUAAAGGAUUUAGUAUUUCUCCAACAGAAUUUUAUCCCUGGCAGUGUAGAGGCCUUCAUGUUGGAAAAUAUUUAGCAGAAAACAAAACAAAUAAAACACGAGAAAGUUGAAUAAUAAAUGUUUGGUGGGGUUCAUGAUCUUUAAAACCUACCUCUUUAGUUUGGCUUUUGAUUAGACUAUAUGUUAUAUUUAAUAUUUAAUAUUUAUUUGCUGUGUUUUAAAAUGUUUCUACACCCUGUUCUCUCUUUUGUUUAUUGUUGUCCUUGAUCUAUUUUUAAUCUAUUUUAUCUGUUUUUAUCAUUGAAUUUUCUUAUGUCACUUAUGUCUCAUGUUACACUCUUAUUAUCAGAGUCAUGACAGUGAUUGUUUUUUAAGUCCUGGGCAUGACCAUGACAAACAUGAAUCAUCAUCGUUAUGCUGGGACCUCCCGGAAACCCCUUUAACGACCCCUGGGAGCACCCUGGACCCUACCUUGGGAAACACUAAUGAUCUGCUACAAUCUAUAUUCCCUAUAGCCAGGGAUGGGUCGGUGACAGACAGGUGGCGCUGGUUCACCAGCACUGAUGGGUCGGCCAGUGCGGGAGGAACAGAAGUUUGCUCUGCGCCGUGUGUGUGUGUGUGUGUGUGUGUGUGUGUGUGUGUGUGUGUGUGUGUUUUACGCAGGCGCAGUUCACGCUGUUUGUCCAGUUUCGCUGGUUGACUUUUACCUGUGAGGUAGACUAGUUUCGGUUCAGCCGGUGAGAAUAAAGAAACAACAACCGCCGGGUUGCACCGAUCCCGGUCCAGAGGUGAUAAGACUCCCCCCCCUCCCUCUCCGGCUCUUCUCUCUCCACCUCCGUGUGACUCAGGGGUUCCCAUUUGCGGAGCGUCGGACGGGAAUUCUCCGGGAUUUUAGAGUCGGUGCGCAACAGCGAGCGAAGCAGGAGUCAGGUGCACGGGGAGAGGACAGGACAGUGGGGAGGAGGAGGAGGAGGAGGAGGAGGAGUGGGGCUGCUGCUUGUAUUUCCGCGACAAGAGUCCUGUCGUUCACACCGGACUGAAUGACUGGAAAUCAACUGGUUGGCGCCUCGGAGGUCGAUCUGUGUUAGUUUCAUUAGUAUGCGGCUGGAGUGCCCCCGCUGCUGCCGACAUCCAGCCUGAGGACUGAUCGGCAGCCCUGAAGUCUCCGCCGUGCCUGCCGAGUGACUCCUCGCCCUGGGGAGGAGAAGAGGAAGCAGGACCCCGGGAACAGUCUUCGCGGACGCAACACGGACCUCCUCGCCUUGUGCAUCGGGAAAAUGAUGGGCUUUCUGCGCCGGACGUUCAGCCGCCGCUCUCGGAGCCGCUUCCAGACGAGAGAGAGGGACGAGCGGGACGGUAAAGGGGGAGGAGGAGGAGCAGGAGCAGGAGGGGUGACAGGGAACCCCUUGCUCCUGGCCCAUCAGCAGCAGGUCGUCCACGCGCCCGCCGUGGUCACCGGGGGAGCGGCGGUUCACAUCCCGGCGGCCGGGACCGCAAGGACCACCAUCACCUGCCGCGUCCUGCUGCUGGACGGCUCGGAUGUCAAUGUGGAUUUGCCUAGCAAAUCCAAAGGCCAGGACCUUUUUGACCAGAUCAUGUAUCACAUAGAUCUGAUUGAGACAGACUACUUUGGAUUGCAGUUCAUGGACACAGAUCAAGUCUCACACUGGCUGGAUAUGUCCAAGCUAAUAAAGAAGCAGAUCAGAGACGGGCCUCCUUACAGACUCUUCUUCAGAGUGAAAUUUUACUCCUCUGAGCCAAAUAACCUGCGUGAGGAAUUUACAAGGUACCUGUUUGUGCUGCAGCUUCGGCAAGACAUCCUGUCUGGCAAGCUGAAAUGUCCGUAUGAUGUCUCAGUAGAGCUGGCGGCUUAUUGUUUACAGAGUGAGCUGGGAGACUGUGAUCCGUUAGAUCACUCUCCUGAGCUGGUGUCGGAGUUUCGUUUCGCUCCCAAGCAGAGCGAGGCCAUGGAGGCGGACAUCUUCAGCAGGUGGCUGGAGCUCAGGGGAAAGAGCCCGUCUCAAGCAGAGAUUUCCUUUCUCAACAAAUGCAAGUGGCUGGAACUUUACGGAGUAGAUAUGCACUUUGUCAAGGGCAGAGAUGGAGGAGAAUAUGCACUAGGCCUGACUCCCACUGGUAUCUUAGUAUUUGAAGGCUCCAACAAAAUCGGCCUCUUCUUUUGGCCCAAAAUCACUCGGCUGGACUUUAAAAAGAGUCGACUCACGUUGGUUGUGGUGGAGGAUGAUGAUCAGGGUCGGGAGCAGGAGCAUACGUUUGUGUUCCAGCUGGCCAGCGCCAAGACCUGCAAACACCUGUGGAAGUGUGCCGUGGAGAGCCACUCUUUCUUCCGGUUACGACAACCAACCACGGGCAAAGCCAGCCGCAGCGACUUCACGCGACUCGGGUCCCGCUUCAGAUUCAGCGGUAAGACAGAGUAUCAGGCCACUCACGGAGGCAGAUUGAGGAGAGCCAGCACAUUCGAGAGAAGGCCGAGCAAGCGAUACCCAUCCCGCACGCAGUCUCUGGGCAAAGCUGCCAUCUCUCCAGCCAAGCCUCCACAUAUCAGCUCUCACGCCAGCCCUGAUCCCAGCCUACAUCCAUACCAGCACAACAUCCCUUUAGGUCACGAGCCGUGGCACGCGCCCCACCCUGCCCUCACACCUCCGGUUUACCUGCAGCCCUCCGGACGCACGCCGCCGCACAGUUUCCCUCUGAGUGGUCCAGCUUCAGACCAUCAGUUCAGUGUUGAGGAGAAUGAGACUUCGUAUUCUGGCAAGAUCCACCACCAUCACCGCCGGCACACACACAGCCAGGACACACUCUGCCACACGCACACCAAGAACAAACGUCGAGCUCCUCCCUGCCCGGCAGAUGGGUUGGAAAUCUCUCAAUCUCUGCUCAAGGCUCUGGAGUCAGACAGCGAUUCUCCUCCCUGGCCCUCGCUUCACGUCAACAUGGACAACAAGGGAGAGGAGAAGCAGCUGUCUGAAAAGUCUCUACACCCUCCUGCCUCCCCAGCGAUGCUCCCCGACAACCUCAAAUGUAACAUCCUCAAAGCCCAGAUGGAGGCAGCCUUCAGGAAGGAAGCUCCAACAACGCCCAGAGGAAAGAACUCAAAUGAGACCCUCAAUGACAGGUAUCAGAGCUCAUCCCAAGACUCGGCUGCAUCCAGUCUGACCGCGGACAGGACGCCCCACCGGCAAGACCGCAACCCAACGCCGGAGAGGCUGCAACCCAAAGCCAACCCAAGCACCAACCGCAGAAAACGACUUGUCAGACAGUACAGCUUUAACCACGAAGAUGAAGACAAUCUCCCAGAAGCACUUGCGGCCAUCUCCUCCCAGAGCACAGCAAAGUCAGGCUCCAGCAGCUCAUUGGACAAACAGAUACAACCCUCCAUAUACCCGCAGGCGGACAACAUGCCAGCACUGGAGCUGGGUAGUCCAUGCUGUCCCUCUCCUUCACCUUCCCCACACCUCUCCCCUUCCUACUACCGUAGCUCCAUCCCUCACCUGGUCCCUUACCUCGCCACAAAUAACGACAGCGGAGAGGAAACGAGGCUGGACAGAGAGAAGAUACUAAGAGCCCUUCUGAUGACAGAGCUCUGAGACCUUGACCCUUGACCCGUGACAUGAUCUCCACUUUACUGGAAGUGUAAACAGAAGUCCCAAAGUCACUGGUUGCAAUCGACAUUUGUAUAUUUGCAUAAUACAUUCAGCAGUUAUAAAUAUAUAUUUGCAUAAAGGCAAUUGUUAUAUUUGCUUAAUUGUUAUUUUAGAAAAUGGUUCUUUAUAUUUAUCAAACUAAAACUGUAUAAAAUACAAGUGAGACAGAAUCAAAUGGACUCACACACACACACACACACACAAAACAGACAAGCUACAGAUGUGAUUGGUGCUGCCUGCAUGAUAAAUGUGUUACAAGAUGAAAUGUUUAUCUGAUUUGCUUUGGGGUUAUGUUUUUAGGUUUUUAUGUGAUUUCAUCAUCACUGUGUUCAUGUUGAUGCCUAAACUGUUUCAGACAGCGACUGUUGAAUCAUCGAGCUCUACACUUAAAAAAAAAGAAAAGAAGAAGAAGCACUGCUGAAGUGGAAAGUCACUUCACUUUCAAAUCAGUUUGUUCACAAUGUAAAUAGACACUGUAAUUAAUAUACUGAUACUGUAACAGUGCAGGCAUUGUAAAUGCUUACUUCCUUAUUGCAUUUAUUCUAAUGUCAGACAUCCACUUUGAUGAAACAUUUGCAGCAUUUGAGGUUUUAAAAACACUUCCUGAACAGAGUGAGUUGAAAGUGAAUUAUGACUCAGUGUGAGCUGCAGUCUCAGUCUGUCCACUAGGGAGAGACAGAUCUGCUCCUGCAGCAGCUGAAAACACUGAUCCUGAGUCACAGGUUGUCAUGAGGAACAGAUCAUGGAUCACUUUGUCUUUUUUUUUUUUUUUCUUCUUUUUUUCCAGUUUUCAUCACAGGUCAAAUGCAAAACUGGUCUCAGAAGUCACAUUCUUGACAGUUUGGUAUCAGUGACCAUAACCCUGCUGCACAGCAACUUUAUCUCAGCCUUUCUGUUGUCACAACCACAUGUGAGGCAGCAUGUGAUCUGCUGCUGCACUGUAUGUGUUGAUUGAGUUGUUCCUGCCCUCGGUUGGAUCUUAAUAAAAGCCACAUCAUCAGUUUGACAACUUCUGUAGCAGCAUCUUUGGUCUCUGCACUGACAUGGGAAUGUGGAUUGGCCUCGCCUUGCGUGCCUGCGUGUUAAGUGUGUGUGCAGGCCGAACCCACCCUGUGAGGGAAUGUUGUUAUAAAGAAAAUAACUGAUUUAUCUGCCUCUACACACCUGUUACUUACGGUAAAUGAGUCAGCUUUUAAUUGCUCUUUCCCUCAGUGAAUCACUUCACGUUAGAUAAUUCAUCUUCGAGUCGAGGUGCAGUAGACUGGCUCUGGUAUGAGCGAAGGAAUGCAAAUGUUUAUAUAUGACCCAACUAAUGUGGAUUUGACAGAAGUACUUAUGUGGGCAAGCCAGUGAAUAAGAAAACAUAAUCACAUCCUGCUUUAUAUGUUGGCAUGUAACAAGGGACUAUAUGAAAAUGACUGGAGUUGGGAGUGGAGCUGAACCUUAUGUUUGACCCUCCCCUGGGUUGUUACUACUGUAUUUGCUUACCCUGCCCUUCACUUAGAAAAAAAAACCCUGCAACAGCAUCCUCCAUGAUUUCAACAACAACAACAAUUUUUUGCAUCAACCAAAUCAUUAGGGGUGGAAUAAGCAACAGCAAAAAUGAUAGAAAAAAUACAUGUUUCUGCAGAUUGGGAGCAAAAGCUACUAAACAUUUAUAACAACUGUCACAGUUUAAGUGAACGAGGCACAGGCAGCAGCUCAGUGGCCACUGAUACUUUAACCUUCACUAUAGUUCUAUCAUAAUGCAGAAUAAAGCAAAGGCAGUAGUGAAAAAAUUGUGCACAUUUUUAGAGAAACAAUGUUCAAUCCCUUCUAACUAUAAAGAUUCACAGUUACUAUUUCAUAAACGUGGUAUAGUGCGGCAUUGAGACAUGAUCUUUGUCCUCUGCAUAUGGCAAAAUACAACUUAUUAUCCAUGACUCCAUAAAGUAUGUUUUUGACAUGAUUAUUUUUGAUGCAACUACACCGCUUAUCCUUUAUGUUACUAUCAAUCUUUCUUCAUUUUUAUUUUUUACAUUAAAUCUUGCAAGAAAUUCUGUAAUUAAAUGUAAAUAAAUAUAA